CAGCCAUAAUGUACUGAGUUCGCCACUGCCACAGUUGUCAAGAAGAAGUAACGACUUUUGGCAUUUAAAUUUGAAACGACUUUCUUGAAGAAAUGAACCAACGAAAACCGUUACGUUUUUUACAGUUAUUUAGUAAAGAAGAGCUGCAAGAUUUGUUGGAAGAAUCGGCUUACAAUCCUGCACCACAAGUUAUCAUAACAAAACCCAAAGCAAUAAAGGCCAAAGUCUCCAAUGUAGCUCCAAAACGAAGCAUUUAUUUACCUGCAAGACUGACUGUAAAACCACCCGAACAGAGUAAGCUGCCGAGUAGACUACCACAACCGAAACAGCCCGACGAGAAAGCGGCACGUAAAAAAUUGUUUGUGUCCGGCAAAAAAGAGAUUGUUAAGCAAGGAUUCAAGGUGAAAACCAUCUCAAAAUUACGCAGGAAUCCCUCACUGAACGAUUCAUCACCUCUCAUUGACAUAAGCUCAGUAGAGAAUAGGCUUCCCGCUCAUUUGGAAUUUAAAAAAUCGAGAGAACGAAAGCGUACCACUCCCUCACAAGCCUCCUACACCUGCGGUAAUCAGACAAACGAGCUCAGCAAAAUAUCGUCCGCCGGUGAAAGGGAAUUCGUCGAGCUCGAGCAAAAAUAUGAAGUAAACAACAAAAGGAGUACGAAGAGGAACAAAAUUAAUGCCAUAAUAAAAACUGACUCUGAGGCCUUCGAUAGGCUCAAGUCCAAAUUCGACUCGCUACAAAUGGAAUUUGACGAUUACGCCUCUAAGCACGAGGAGAACAUGAAGGAGAUCGCGAAGCUGUUGGGUGUAGGGCAAGACGCGACCGUCGCCAAGCAAGUGACCUUUGCUACCGAAGAUGAAGGUCUGGAAAAGGCGAUCACGAUGUAUAAUUCGAUUAGGAAAAAUUGCAAUAGCAUUUUACGAACGCCCAAAGGGAACAGGUCCUGUUUGCAAACGCCGAAAAGCGAGAAGAAAGUUAAGGAUGCCCUAUCGAUUAAGUUGCAGAAGCAAUGCUUAAUGUUGCAAGAUACUCCUCGGAAGUAAGGGAUAGUAAAAAUGUAUUUGUUUAUAAACUUUAUUAGUGUUUUACUUUUGUGUGGACCGUUUGAAAAUAAAAGAUGUAUAUUUU